AUGUGCUUCGUGAAGCAGCUUGAAGUCCCUCCGUAUGGAAGCUACCGCCCUAGUGUGGCCCCUGCCACACCCAGGGCCAACCUGGCCAAGGAGCUGGAGAAGUUCUCCAAGGUCACCUUUGACUACGCUGCGGACAUUGAGGUGGAUGAGAAUGGAACCCUGGACUUGAGCAUGCACAAACACCGCAAGCGAGAAAGUGCUUUCCCCAGCAGCAGCAGCCCUGGUGUGAAGUCUCCCGAAGCCUCCCAGCGCCAGAGCAGCACCAGCGCCCCGAGCAGCUCCAUGACCUCGCCCCAGUCCAGCCAGGCUUCCCGCCAGGACGAGUGGGAUCGACCUCUGGACUACACCAAGCCCAGCCGCCAACGAGAGGAGGAGCCCGAGGAGUCAGAGCCAGCAGCCCAUUCUUUUGCUUCUUCUGAAGCAGAUGACCAGGAAGUGUCGGAAGAGAGUUUUGAGGAGCGGAAGUAUCCUGGGGAAGUUACCCUGACCAACUUUAAGAUGAAGUUUCUCUCCAAGGAAAUAAAGAAGGAGCUGCUCACCUGCCCCACCCCUGGCUGUGAUGGCAGUGGCCACAUCACCGGGAACUAUGCCUCUCACCGCAGCCUCUCUGGUUGCCCUCUUGCUGACAAGAGCCUCAGAAACCUCAUGGCUGCCCAUUCUGCUGACCUCAAGUGCCCCACACCCGGCUGUGACGGCUCUGGCCACAUAACUGGGAACUACGCCUCCCACCGAAGCUUGUCAGGCUGCCCUCGUGCCAAGAAAAGUGGAGCCAGGGUGACACCCACCAAGGACGACAAGGAAGACCCUGAGCUGAUGAAGUGCCCUGUUCCAGGCUGUGUGGGGCUUGGUCACAUCAGCGGCAAAUACGCCUCCCACAGAAGUGCAUCUGGCUGCCCACUGGCCGCACGGAGGCAGAAAGAGGGUUCCCUUAAUGGCUCACCCUUUUCCUGGAAAUCUCUGAAGAACGAGGGGCCUACCUGCCCCACUCCAGGCUGUGAUGGCUCUGGCCACGCCAACGGUAGCUUCCUCACCCACAGGAGUUUAUCCGGCUGUCCCAGAGCAACCUUUGCUGGAAAGAAGGGAAAAGUCUCAGGGGAUGAGGUUCUCAGCACGAAGUUCAAGACGAGUGAUGUAUUGGAGAAUGAUGAGGAGAUCAAGCAGCUGAACCAGGAGAUUCGCGACCUGAAUGAGUCCAACUCUGAGAUGGAGGCCGCCAUGGUGCAGCUGCAGUCCCAGAUCUCCUCCAUGGAAAAGAGCCUAAAGAACAUCGAAGAGGAGAACAAGCUCAUCGAGGAACAGAAUGAAGCCCUGUUUCUGGAGCUGUCGGGCCUGAGCCAGGCCCUCAUCCAAAGUCUUGCCAACAUCCGCCUUCCGCACAUGGAGCCAAUAUGUGAGCAGAAUUUUGAUGCCUACGUGAGCACCCUCACUGACAUGUAUUCCAACCAGGAGUGCUACCAGAACCCCGAGAACAAGGACCUCCUGGAGAGCAUCAAACGGGCUGUGAGGGGCAUCCAGGUCUAGACCUCGUCAUCCAGAAGCCACCCCGCCAAUCGGGACACCUGGGGCACCCCGACUUGGCUCCAUCGUUUACCUCCCUUGCCCUGCCCCCGCAGUGGAGAUUCCCAACUUGCAGUGACUAGUUGGCAGCCCAGGGCGGCCUCAGGUGGGCUUAUCCAAAGGGGUGCCUGGAAAUCCGUGUCUUUCUCGUUGCGCUUGCCAGGCUGGAGGCCUCGACCUCCCCACACAAGUGCAGGGGAAGGCAUGGCGUAUUACAAAGUGAUUUAUUUUUGUUUUUUGAAAGAAAUCUGAAGAGCAGCUCAAAGUCUCCAGUGGAAGCUCAUGGACAAGGUUCUCAGGGAAGUUUUGGAGUUUGCAACCACAGUAUUCCUUUGUCUGUCGAGGCUGGGAGGGUAGCCGUGGGCACGGGGCGGGUGGUCGUGUGACAGUGUCAGCCUGGAGCAUGCACCCCAGGGUGCGCAUCUGCUCGGUGAGGUCAAUGUGGCAAGUGUGUUUUCUGUUUUCAUUUAAUUCAGUUUUGUCUUAAGGAUGGAAUAAAGCACUGUUCCAGAGGGUUAGAAAUAGACCUACAGCCCAUGGUCAACUUGAGGACUCUAACCUGGGAUGCCCCUGGACGUUCCACAUGAAAGCACCUCACACAUCUAGGGGUGGCUGGCACCCCCAGCCUGCACAGACAUGUACAGCUUGGGGUCAUGCUCCCUCUUGGGGCUGCAGCCUUCGGAUCCAGGUCUGGGUCAGGGCCAGGGUCUCUGGCUCUCUGUGUGUCCACCUGUGCCCGUGACCUGUCACUGCCGCAUUAUCCGGGUCACGGCCGAGCUCGACUGAGGUGGGGACGGCGUCAGCAAGUCAGGGAACAAAUUCCUAAUUUGGAGACCACCAAGGUUCAUUUCUUUUUAGAUCCAUUCAAGAUGCGAAAAAAAUUGUAAUGGAAAGUGUUAAACACAAUGUUCCUAACAUGUAAAUAGAGUCCAAAUCGAUUGUGACUACAAUUCCAAGUUAGUAUUUAAACGUAGAGAAAUUGCACUUCCUGGAAGAAAUAAAAAAGUAGUUAGUUUAAUUAUUCUGUAAAUUAUUUAAUUUUGUCAAGAUGUAAGUAUUUAUAUUCACAACCUCUUAUGUUAACAUUUGCUAUUUAUUUAACAUUUUUAUUUAUUAAUUUUGUACUAUUUCAACUAGACCCCACACCAGGACACCAUGAGAGGGAAAUCAAUGAAAUCAAAGCAAAAUUAAUGAUUGGACUAUGAGAUAGGCCACAAAAAAAAUCUUGCUGUAACUUCUAUAUAUAGAAGUCUUCUUAUAAUUUUGAUGCAACCAACUUAUUUUUUAUAUAUUUUGUUAUUUAUUCUUUUAAUAAUGGAAUUUUUAAAAAAGUAUUUUGUAACUGAGGAAUUUUGAUAAUUUGGGGAUAUUUUUCCCUGGGUCCAAUGGAAAGAAAGACUUUUUGGUUUUCUUUACCCCUUUGGUUCCUUUUGUUUCAGGUACGGACAACAGCAAAUGGAAUUCUGUAUUUAUUAUUUAUUUACGUGUAGCGCAGAUGUGUGUGCUCUGGCGUGUUUCUCGUGUUGCGUCUGUGUGCUGGUUCUUGAUGGCCGAGUCAUGCUGCUGAGAAGGAGUGCUGGCCACAGGCAGCACCGAGCAGUCCCCACUCACAGGCUCCCUGUCCCUCUGACAGCUCCAAUACUGUGAUCCCCUUCCUCAGGAAACGCGUGGAACCCACAGCACAGCACUUCUCGGUGUGUUUGCAGGGUGAUUUCCUAAUAAAAGUCCACUCUGACUGUG